AUGCUUUCUUUAAUAUACAUCAGCUGGUUUUUUGUGAUAACUGCCGGUGGGAUAGCUACACUAGUUGACCACUCGGACCAUUCUUACCAGCCUACACUUACACUGGAAGAGCGUGUUAGCGCGUUAGAGACAGAGCUGGUUGCUCUUAAGUCAAAAAUAAACGAGGAUAACGCUAUUCGGAGGUGUGAAUGCAAAGAUGCAAGAAAUCUUGAAGAGGAUUCGGAGUGCCAACAUGAUGAAGAGAAAGUCGCUUUCUAUGGCUAUGUUAGCGGCGAUGAACUAGGCUCAGGACGCCAACAUAUCAUUGACUUCGACGUCAUUCAAAUAAACCUUGGAAAUGGCUUCCAUACUCUCAGUGGAAUGUUCAUUGCUCCACAUCCGGGGCUUUACGUCUUUACCUGGGUAAUUCAGAGCACUUGGAAUGGGAUAGCGUACACGCAAUUGAUGAGGAAUUCCGAGGUUGCCGGGGAGAUCGUGGCCGAUAGCUCACACACUACGGAAUUUCACAGCGCAACCGGGGUCGUUGUGUUACAGUUAAAUCAGGGUGACGAGGUGUACGUCAGACGAAAUCCCAACCAGCCGACUUCCGGUCAUAUUAUAAGUCGACCUGGGUAUAGGUCGUCUUUUAGCGGAUGGAAAAUUUAA